AUGCCGAAAGCAUCGAAAAAACGCCAGAAGCAGAAACCCGCACACUACAGCUACAGUAAUUUCUGGUCAAUUCAAGCUAAAACUGGUGAUUCCUGGAUGUGGAAACAGAUUUUAAAAAUCAGGAAUAAAGCUCAGGAUAUAUUUGGGGGUACUGAUAAUUUGAAGCUGAAACUUCAGUCUUGUUGCAGGAAUUCUAAAAUCAAAGUUUCGGCUCUAUACAAUGUUAUUUCCCCUGCAUCUUCUAUUGUGACUUGGCAUAAUACAAUAUGGGAGUCCAUCAAUAUUCUCAGGCAUUCUUUUAUCUGUUGGUUAGCAGUCCAUAAUCGGCUGCUUACUCAAGAUAGAUUACUUAAUAUGGGGAUAAUGACUGUUAAUAGUUGUUGCUUUUGUUCUGGUCAUGAAAGCAGAGAUCACCUCUUCUUUGAGUGUGCCUUUUCAAAGGAUGUCUGGGUUUUGGUUAUGGAAUGA